GAAGAAUAUGGGGAAAAACGAUUAUCACCCCCAAUUCGAAACCCUUUUCUUCUCCCCCUUUUUUCUCUCCCUUUCGUUUCCUCCUCUCUCCCUCGAUUCCCUCUUCCCUUGCUCGCCGUCGUCGCUUCUUCACCGUCACAGUCCACAUCUCCCUCCGGCUCUGUCCCGCAUCCUCCAUCGUGGCUAUGUCUUAGAUCGUGACUGUCGGUGUUCUCCGAACAACGCCAAGCUUGCCGUAACUCUCCAUCUCCUUCCACAAGCUUGGCACUGUGAAGGGAUCGACGGAGAAGACAAUGAUCAUCCUCACCUUCCCGGCAAAGAUGACGACCCGUCUCCCCUUCCUACACUGGCCAUCCUUCCCUUCCCGGCGACGACGACGAAGAAUCUGAGUCAGAGCAGUGAGUUCCUCGAGAAAUUGUGGAGCGGCGUCGGAUGCACGCUAGGAAAGACAAAUCACACGGAGCAGGGAGUAGAGAGCACGUUCCGGACUACAAGCGAGAGCGAUUAGGGAGCUUGCAAAAUGGAGCAAUGACAAUGAAGAUAUUUAUGGUCCAACAACUCUUAAUGUCGAGUUUCAACGAAAGUUAAAGAGGCUUGAGGUGGAAAAAUAUAUUGUAUUCAUUUGGUUUAUCAAAUUGAUGAAGAAUUUAAUGGAUGCAUAUUUUGGGAACUUUAAUGGUAUUUGGUGCUCUAUUUUCACAUUAGUAGUAUCCUUCCCCCAAUUCUUAUAGUUUUGUGGC